AUGACCAGUUCCACUGAAAAGUUACAAUCAACAGAGCAACCGGGGCAAGCAAAGCUCCGCGUACAAAAGCGAGAACUGGGUCAGACUGGCUUACGAGUUUCUGUUGUAGGCUUCGGAGCAUCGCCGCUCGGUGGCGUUUUCCGUGAGGACAUCGACGAAACAGACGCCUGCGCUGCCGUGUACCAGGCUCUGCACGACUUUGGCAUUAACUUUUUCGACACUUCUCCGUACUAUGGAAGUACUCGGUCGGAACGUGUCCUCGGAAAAGCGCUCGCACAACUCGGUGAACGAGACGACUACGUUCUCGCGACAAAGGUAGGCAGGUACGGCCCGAACAACUUCGACUUUUCCAAGGAACGUGUUCGGCGCAGCGUGGAGGAAUCCAUGGAACGCCUUGGUGUUCGGCGCUUGGACCUGGUUCAGUGUCACGAUGUAGAGUUCGCACCGUCCAGACGUUUAAUCGUGGAGGAAGCGCUCCCGGCCCUGUGCCAGCUGAAACAAGAGGGGGUUAUCGGCGCACUCGGCGUAACGGGUUAUCCUUUAGCUAUCUAUCGCGACAUUAUCGAGGCCAGUACCGUGGAGCUUGAUGUCGUGCUAAGUUACUGCCAUGGAUGCCUCUGUGAUACGUCGUUACGCGAUAGCGGCGUGCUCGCGUACCUCCGAGAGCAGAACAUUGGUGUCCUGAAUGCAUCUCCGCUUAGUAUGGGGUUAUUGACGCCGGACGGUCCACCUGCAUGGCAUCCGGCACCACCUGAACUCAAAGCGUGUUGCCGAACUGCUGCAGCGUGGUUAGCAAGUCAGCAAGUGAAUGCGGGUAUAUCCACAGACCUGGCAGAGGUUGCGUUGCAGUUCGCGGUCCAGCGAUUCGCUCAGGACGACGUGGCGAGCACCCUCGUGGGCAUCGAUGGCACGAUAACACUGAGGAAGAACAUGCAGGCCUUGGCAAAGCCUCUAGACGAUAUGCUCCUGAAGGGCGUCCAGGAGAUCCUCAAACCAGUUCGGAACGUUGGGUGGGAGUCUGGACGACCGCGUUCCGAGUGGCUGGAAGCUGCACCAGGGGUCCGAGAGUCUGCCUAG